AGCUCGGCGCGCCGGCGGCGGCUGCGACGGCGGCGGCCGCGACAGAGGCGGUUGAUGCGCUCGGUACUGGGGUCGCUGCCUGAGGCGCAGGCGCCGUGGACUCCGACCCAGCCGGGCCUCUGCUCGCUGUGGGCUCGUCAUGGCGACCGCGCAGAGGCCGUUCCACCUGGUGGUGUUCGGCGCUUCUGGCUUCACCGGCCAGUUUGUGACCGAGGAGGUGGCCCGGGAGCAGGUGGACCCGGAGGGGAACUGCCGCCUGCCCUGGGCCGUGGCUGGCCGUUCCCGGGAGAAGCUGCAGGGCGUGCUGGAGAGGGCUGCCCUGAAGCUGGGAAGGCCUACACUAUCAUCUGAAGUUGGAAUAAUAAUUUGUGAUAUCAGUAAUCCAGCCUCACUUGAUGAAAUGGCUAAACAGGCAACACUUGUCCUCAAUUGUGUAGGACCCUAUCGAUUUUAUGGAGAACCUGUAGUAAAAGCGUGUGUUGAAAAUGGCACUAGCUGUAUUGAUGUCUCUGGAGAACCUCAGUUUCUGGAACUAAUGUAUUGGAAGUAUCAUGAGAAAGCUGCAGAAAAAGGGGUUUAUAUCAUUGGAAGUAGUGGCUUUGACUCCAUUCCAGCAGAUCUGGGAGUAUUAUAUACCAGAAAUAAAAUGAAAGGUACUUUGACUGCUGUGGAAAGUUACCUAACUCUACAUUCAGGACCUGAGGGGAUGUGCUUUCAUGAUGGUACCUGGAAGUCAGCAGUUUAUGGUUUUGGAGAGCUCAGUAGUUUGAAAAAACUACGAAAGGAGUCAAAUUUGAAACGUGUUCCAAUUGUUGGUCCAAAAUUGAAAAGAAGGUGGCCAGUUUCUUACUGCAGAGAGCUCAGCAGCUACUCCAUUCCUUUCAUGGGAUCAGAUGUGUCUGUUGUGAAGCGGACUCAGCGUUAUUUGUAUGAAAAUUUAGAGCAAUCACCUGUUCAGUAUGCUGCUUAUGUAGCCGUGGGAGGCAUCACCUCUGUCAUUAAGCUGAUGUUUGCAGGACUUUUCUUUUUAUUCUUUGUGAGGUUUGGCAUUGGAAGGCAGCUUCUCAUAAAAUUCCCAUGGCUCUUCUCCUUUGGUUAUUUUUCAAAACAAGGUCCAACACAAAAACAGAUGGAUGCCACAUCGUUUACAAUGACAUUCUUUGGUCAAGGAUACAGCCCAGACUUUUGUCCCGAUAAGAACAAACCAAAUAUAAGAAUUUGUACCCAAGUGAAAGGACCAGAGCCUGGCUACAUAGCCACCCCC